AGGGGAAUAAACUCCACCGCGUAGGGUUCGGUUUUUUUCCUUUUUAAGGAGAAAUCAGGGUGCAUGCUUUAAUCUCAUUAAUUUAUUUAUAUUCUUCGGAGUAUUAAUUAUCAGUCCAAGGCCGAUUUCAAAUUAUUUGCAAUCGCAGCUCCAUUGUUCGCUCCAAUUGGAGGCCCCGCCCCCUCUUUUGUCUGGCGGAGCGGUGAUUGGUCGACAGCGGGCGGGGGCUGCCGUCAGCGCUCGGGAAGCCCAUUCAUCUGUGCACUUGGGCGUUGGACUCCGCAUCUUAUUAGCGACCAGGGAGAUUUCUCCAUUUUCCCCUUGUCUACAGUACGGCUACAAAUCUGGGAUUUUUUAUUACUUCUUUUUUUAUACUAACCUUGGGUUUCUAAUAUUUUUGCUCGACUUUUUUCUUGCUUCCCCCCUUUCUUCUGUGCUGCAGCUUUUUUGACCUUUCCAGCUUUUUUUUUAUUUAAAACCCCCAGGAGUGUAUAAAUUUUAAAAUAAUCGGUUGUCUUCUCUCUUCCCCCCCACCGCCACCGCCGCCACCACCUCCUCCUUCUCCUCCUCCCCCUCUGGUGUGUGUUUGUGUCGCUACUCUUCGGGCUGCUGGUCUCCCAGCUUUUAUACGAAUCCACCGCUCUUUGUUUUCCCCCUUCUUUUGGAUCUGUUGAGCUUCUUUGUUGAAUAAAACCAGCAUGGGUGCCCAGUUCUCCAAGAACGCUGCAAAAGGCGAAGCUGCUGCUGAGAAACCGGGAGAAGCAGUAGCCGCAUCUCCUUCGAAGGCGAAUGGACAGGAGAAUGGUCACGUGAAGGUGAACGGCGAUGCCUCGCCAGCAGCUGCUGAGGCGGGCAAGGAAGAGGUCCAGGCGAACGGCACUGCCCCGGCCGAAGAGUCGGUGAAGGAAGAGCAGACCCCUUCGGAGCCUGCCUCUGAGAAGGAGGCUGCUGAAGCUGAGAGCACAGAACCAGCCUCUCCCGUCGAAGGGGAGUCCUCCUCUAAGGCAGAGGAAGGAGCCACCCCUUCUUCCAGCAAUGAGACCCCGAAAAAAAAGAAGAAGCGCUUUUCCUUCAAAAAGUCCUUUAAGCUAAGUGGCUUCUCCUUUAAAAAGAACAAAAAAGAGUCUGGGGAAGGAGCUGAAAAUGAAGGGGCAGGCGCUUCUGGCGAAGGAGGGAAGGACGAAGCAGCUGCUGCCCUGGAGCCGGCGAGCACUGAGGAGGAAAGCAAAGCUGCUGCCCAGGAGGUGUCUCCUUCUGCUCCGUCCGCCCCUGGCAGCACAGGGGAAACAAAGGAGGAGACUGGAGACUCACAGGAGGCCAAAUCGGAAGAGACUGCACCAGAGAAGCCUACUGGGGGAGAGGCUAAGCCUGCUGAAGAGCAGAAGCCGGAGGAGAAACAGGAGGAGGCGCCAGGUGCCCCUGCCCCUAGUGCUACCACUGAAGCCACCUCCACUGAACAAGAGGCACCCAAAGCAGAGGAGCCAGCAGCAGCAGCAGCUCCUGCACAGGAAGCUCCAUCUGAGUCUAGUCCAGAAGCUCCACCAGCUGAGUCGGCAGAGUAAAAAAAGAAAUUUGGCAAUUUUGAGAUGAUUGAACUUUUCUUCCUCCCCCCUGUUUGUUUGUUUGGAGUGGUGCCAGGUACUGGUUUUGGAGAACUUGUCUACAACCAGGGAUUGAUUUAAAAGAUGUCUUUCUCUUUUUUUGGUCUUUACCCACAGAUCCCAUCUCAGAUCAUUCUGUUACCACCAUUCCAACUGGUAGAGAGGAGAUUAAAUGUCUCCCUCUGCCUCGUUCCUUUUUUUUUUUUUGCAUCAGUAUUAAUGUUUUUGCAUACUUUGCAUCUUUUAUUAAAAAUGUAAACUUUUUUUCUUUGUCAGUCUAUGGACAUGCCCAUAUAUGAAGGAAAUGGAUGGGUCAAUAAGGGAUAGCAAAUGAAGUGAUAGGGGUCACAAUGGGGAAUUAGUGGUGCAGAUAAUUUGCCAAGAAAAUGUGCCACAAGAAAUAAGGGGUUAGUCUUUUUUUAAAAAGAAAGUUAUUACAAUGUAUUUUGUGAGGCAGAUGUUCUAUAAGGUUUACAACACUACAAGUCUUGACUAAGAAGGAAGAAGAAAAAUUCCAAUACUCAGAUUAAAAAAAAAAAUCAUAGUCUUAGGAAAUUCAUUUAAACCAUAGGAACUUUCACUUAUCUCAUGUUAGCUGUACCAGUCAGUGAUUAAGUAGAAAUACAAGUUGUAUAGGCUUUAUUGUUUAUUGCUGGUUUAUGACCUUAAUAAAGUGUAAUUAUGUAUUACCAGCAGGGUGUUUUUAACUGUGACUAUUGUAUAAAAACAAAUCUUGAUAUCCAGAAGCACAUUAAGUUUGCAACUUUUUCCACCCUGCCCAUUUUUUUGUAAAAUUGCAGUAAUCUUGGACCUUUUAAAAAAAAAACCACACAAAAUUUUAAACUCAACCAAGCUGUGAUAAGUAGAAUGGUUACUGUUUAUACUGUGGUAUGUUUUUGAUGACAGCAGACAAUACUUUCUUUUUCCAGUUGUCUUUGAGAAUAAAGAAGAAAAACCAAUUUCAGAUGCAAUGGUUUUUUGUGUAGCAUCUUGUCUAUCAUGUUUUUGUAAAUACUGGAGAAGCUUUGACCAAUUUGACUUAGAGAUGGAAUGUAACUUUGCUUACAAAAUUGCUAUUAAAUUCCUGCUUAAGGUGUUCUAAUUUUCUGUGAGCACACUAAAAGCGAAAAAUAAAUGUGAAUAAAAUGUAGAAUUUGGCUGUGUUUCUUUUUCUGGAUACUCUUGAUAGCUUAGUAGAUUGCCUGUAUUGUCUAAAUUUGUAUAAAAGAAGGCACUUCUGCCACUUAACAUUACUCUUUAUUUCUAAAUUACAUAUUGUAAGGUCUUCUGGCCCUACUUAAAAGUUGUCUCUGUAGAGUGAAGAGCUUUAAGGCCUUCUAAAUACGGAUGUUCAUUGGAUUUUAAACAACCUGUGCCACUUUGGACACUUGAUUGGCUAAUCUAUCAGGUCUGGGGAAAAAGAGGAUUAAUGUGUUCACAAGAAGUUGCACAAGUUGAUUUUAGCUAGAAUAGGUAUGUUCAUAGUCAGAGCCUUGAGGACCACCUUAUGGUACAUUAGAUUAUUAUCUCUUAGCUUGAGUUGACUUGACACUUUGGCUGUGGUUGUUUGGGAUGUCUUAGGCUUCAGCCUAUGUUUUCAAACAGGGAUGCCUGAAUUCAGGUGUUAAGACAGCAAAGGUCCAAUCUUACAUGCGAGUUCUUCACCAUUUCAACAUCUACUUCAGUGCCUGACUUUAAGCAACCAGCCUUGGAAGUUUGGCCUAACGUAACAAGUUCUUGUUCUACCAAAUUGAUAAGCAAAACUUUUUGUAUGUUACUCCCAGCUUAAUAGGUGAGCUAACAGACAAAAAGAUUGCUGUGUUUGUCUACAAAAGGGUCACUUGGUGCUUGCCUUUUAACUGUUUAGGCUUUUGGGCUAAUUUCCACCAUAUUGCUCAGGGCAA